GUAUUUAAAAUAGUCCUGCUUGGCGACGCUGGCUCCGGCAAAAGCUCGCUGCGCAGCCACUUUCUCUACAACACCUUCUCGCAGUCAUACACGCGCACAACCACCCCCGACUUUAUCGCCACCUACGUAUCCCUCGACUCCACGCUCACCGCCGUCCAGCUCUGGGACACCGACGGCAGCGCACGCGAUCUCACCGUAGCCACCUCGCUCUGCAUGGACGCCGACGGCAUCGCCCUAGUAUACGACGCCAGCAAUGCCUCCUCACUCUACGCGCUCGAGCGGCACGCGGCGCUGGUGAACCGCGUGGUCAGCAGCCAGGCGCGCCCAGUGCCUGUCCUGCUGGUGCAAAACAAAAGCGACUGCAGCAGCGAGGUUGGAGAAAAGGAGGCGAUGGACUUUUGUGCGUGUCUACCUGGGUAA